AAGUCCAUGACCUGGAUCUGCAUUAUUUUAUGCAUUGCACUGCUUUAUUGGAUAAUUGCCUGAAUGGGCAGCUGUACAUGUGUUCCUAUUAAAGUGACUGGGGAUUGUGUAUUCAGGAUUCUGGAAUCAGGAUCUUCCUUUUGACUUAUUUACACAUGCACUAGCCCAAUUUUAUUACUAAAAAGUGUGUUCUUUUUGCCUGAAUGUAUAUGUAUCUCUGUGUGUGUGUACUAAGAAGUUUAUAUAACAUUUGCAGAUCUACAGCUGUCAUGCAAAACUGCAAUUGCAGGGGAAAAUGAAUCUGUGUGUAGUGGAAUGGCGUGCUGGUUUCCUGUGUUCACGCUCCUAAUUUAUUUAUAGGAAAAGAAAUAGACAGCCUGUUAGAGGCCGGACACUGGAGGCAGUGCUUAUCCUCUUCCCCUUGCUACUGGACAAAAAGACGGGAGGAGGUGUGCACAUUAAAGAUGCAUGGGGACCAGUGUGUUGAGUUUAAAGUUCUCCACGCUUUAUGCAGGCCUACUAAAAUAUUCAUGGCCUACACUGCGUGUGCAGGCUGCGGCACAUCGACUUAAUCUCCUUCCACUGUGAAAGAGGGUGCUGGGGCUCACAGCAAAGCAAGCACCGGCUCUUCUGAUUAAGGAUGUUCGAGUCGUCUAACACUGAACCAAAAUGUGUGAAGAUCCGCUACGACUUUGUGGCACGCAAUUCCAACGAGCUGACUGUGCAAAAGGGUGAGGUGCUAGAGGUAUGGAUGAGACGAGAAGAGGUGGUGGAAACAUGAAGAAAACAGAAUAGUGCCUGAGAGGUUGGGGGAAUUCACCAUCGACUAAUGAACACCUGAAGUCAUGAUAUUGAAUGGUUGGUGAUAUGCUGGGGGCAGAGUCUAGAAUGUUCUCUGGGCUGGUGUCAUGGUCUAGAACGUUCUCUGGGUUUGGUUAUGCUGAGUUCAUGGUCUAGAAUGUUCUCUGGGUUUGGUUAUGCUGAGUUCAGGGUCUAGAAUGUUUUCUGGGCUGGUGUAAUGCUGGAGUCAGGGUCUAGAAUGUUCUCUGGGUUUGGCUAUGCUGGGGUCAGAGUCUAGAAUGUUCUCUGGGCUGGUGUUAUGCUGGGGUCAGGGUCUAGAAUGUUCUCUGGGCUGGUGUUAUGCUAUAAUCAGGUUCUAUAAUGUUCUCUGUCAGUUUCUGAUGCAUGGUGGAUUCAGAUUUUGGAUGUCAUAGAUUUAGGGUCCGAAAUGUUCUAUGGGUUGAUCUUAUUUUGGAAGCUGAGUCUAGAAUGUUCUGUGGGUUGAUCUUAUGGUGGAGUCAGCUUCUAGAAGGUUCUAUGGGUUGAUGUUAUGCUGUGGUCAGGAUCUUGAAUGUUCUAUGGCUUGACGUUAUGGUGGAUUCAGAAUCUAGACUGUUCUUGGGGUUGGUGUUAUGCUAGUGCUAGUAUAAUAGUGGAUCCUUUGAGAUGUGCACAAGAGAUAAGUAAAUAUGAGAUGUACCUGAUUAAGAUCUGACAUUUCCACAAUUUUAUUUCCAAUUUGUUUUAUUCACAUCUUUUAUUAAAUGAACUGAACAUAAUCUGUCAUCUAAAUGUUAGUGAUUUUCAUAAGAAAAACUGAUCCAUAUGUGAUUUUGAAGAUGUUACUUUUAGGAGAACAUUUUAAAAAUGUAAUUUGACCAAAAUAGAACAUAAGGGUUAAAUUACAGCUAGGUGCAGUGCAUUCAACAAAAAAUAGCAAAAUCUAAUUAUUUUGCAAUUGGAAUAUUAAUGCACACUGCUUUUUAAAUGUCAUAUGAAAAUAAAACAACAGCUGAAGCUGAAAGGUGCUACAGUGUGUGUGUGUGUGUGAGAGUAAGUGUGCACGCACUCCAGGUACUGAACAGUGAAAAGCAGUGGUGGUUGGUGAGGAACCGCAGCACUCAUACGGGGUAUGUGCCCUGCAAUGUGCUGGAGGAGUUGAAAGCAGGAGAGACACAAUACAACCGUGCUGAGUUCUUCAACAGCCAGGCUGUGAAUCCUUACAAAGCUACUUCUCCACCUGCCUUGAUAAAUCACACUGAGAAUGUGGAGAUGAAUAAAUCCUCGCGGGACAAAGACAACCGAACUCAGCAGAAGGAGGUGAACGAUGAGCUCUUGAAGAGGAUUACGGACAGCAAAGCCCAACCUCCUGCUCGCAACUUCCGGGUGGAACACCCCGUCAGAACAUUGCCCAUCACUUAUGAUUCUCAGCCAUUCGAGAUUUGCGGGUGGCUCAAUGCCAAGGGCUUCUCCAGGCCGGUAGUGGACAGUCUGGGCAUCCUGACAGGGGCUCAGCUCUUCUCUCUGAGUAAGGAUGAACUAAAGGCAGUGUGUGGUGACGAGGGCUCUCGGGUCUACAGCCAGAUCAGUGUGCAGAAAGCGCAGAUAGAGAGGAGCUAUGGAAACUCUGAGCUAGAGGAAAUCAUGAAGCGCCGGCAGCGGGAGGUGGAUGCUUUUACUUGGGACUGAUUGCGCUCAAACUGCCUGUCAGUCACAGCACAUUUCCAUCCGGUUCCUUCAGCUCAUCUAACAUACUCCACAGAUUUAGCAGAGUUGGAAAGAAGAACACAGACACUGUCAAUUGUUUGUCUAAACUAAUUCAAACCAAACUGAACUGGGCAACAAAAAACAAAUUCCAAUGUUAUUUAUGCUAGUAAUUUAGUAUUUAUUCCUAUUCAUUUGCCUGUAUAUUUAUGUAUAUAUGUAUGUAUAUACAUAUAUAUGUAUAUAUGCAUGUAUAUAUAC